GUUUCACUAUGGGUUACUAUGGAACAUAAUGUGUAUACAUUCACCCUGUUAUUGUUCAAAUAUUGUCAUAUUCAAAGGAUUUAAACUCAAUUUAAAGACUUUUAUUGUGGAAAAAGUGAGAUUAUAAACUUGUUUUACCACACUUUUAAAAACGUGGGGAUAUUUCAAAAUGUGAAAGUUCAGUAAACUGGUUAAAGUGUGCAUGUACUAUUUCAGGGAAGUACAUAUGGUAUAUUUCUGUAACGGAUUCUAUUAUUCAAUAAUUUAAGGCUACAAUGAGGAAAAGGGACAUUUUUAGAAUUUAAUUGAGCAAUUUGAGGAUAUCUGAGGAUAUAAUUAUUAUAUUAUAUAUAAUCCUCCAAUACUAGUUGAAAGUAUUGAUGUAAGUUAUAUUAAAAGGGACUAUGGAACUUUGAAGAAUUUUUUAAAUAUAUUAGUAAAAGAACUUAAAUAAAAUGGAGCAGCGGAGACAAGCCACGUUGUUGAAUUACGCUCUAGCGCUUGAAGACAGUGUUAUCUUGGAUAAAAUAUGGCUUCAGUUACAGGAUGUUUUCAGUGAAAAUGAGAAAAGGGAAAUUCUGAAUGCCGGUGGAAACAAAAGAAAGAUGAGAGUUAUGUUAGAAAUUUUACCACAGAAAGAUGAUAGUGCCUUUCAUGUUCUGGUAGCUGCUCUAAAACCAGAUUAUCGAUGGCUGUCGUUUAGAAUAGAACAAGGUGUACAUGAAGAGGAAGACAGAUUAACUCGAGCUGGUAAAGGUGUAAAAAGAAAAGUGACUGUUGCAUUGAUGUCAACAAGAAUCUCUGAUCGGCAGAGAGACAUGGUGAUAGAUACUGUAUCGGACGUCAUCGAGGAGGAAUUACGUGACAGAACAUUGAGGGUUGAUAUUCCCGAUCACAAAGCAGCUUCGAAUCUCAAUGAACUGAACAUGCGACUGCGUCAGCUCAUAAAUAAAAAAGUUGAUCCCCUGCUGCACGGACCGAUGAUGAAGACAGAUCUGUCUGAAAUGGAGAAUCAGGUUUUGGCGGAUCGCUUAGAACAGAUGCUUGAGGAGAUGAGGGCACUAGAAGAUUGUUAUAAAACCAUGGAAAUAGAUAAAUUAUCGGCAACUCCUAGAUCUCUACCCUCUUUGCUUUACCAGAAGAUUGAAGAAGUCAAAACCCGAAUCGGCAUCCUAGAAGAUGAUCAGGAGCAGUAUAGGUUAGAACGGGACGAGAUUCUUCGAGAGCGCAAUGAAAAGGGGCAGAGUAUUUCAGAGUUAGAGAGCUCAAACACCAAUCUGGAAUUUGAGAAUCGGAAGUUACGAGAAGAAGUUAUCACUUUAGAGACGAGCGUUCAGGAGUUGAAUAAAGAUAAACGGAAUCUGACGAAUGAGCGUCGAAGAUUCGAGGAUGAGCAGAUCCGAAUUGCGAAUAUCGCUGACAAAUUGGAAGAUGAGUCUAUGUUCAUUCAGACACGAAAUAAACGGUUAGAGGAAAUAAACGCAAAAUUAACAAAAGAUGUCCAACGCUUGACAGCAUCCAAUAUAAAACUCCGCGGUGAAACCAGACGCUCUUCCAUUGGUGAAUCCGCUCGUUUAAAAUCUGACAAAAAACGUUUAAUGGAUGAAAGAAGUAGAUUGCAGACGGAGAUCAGGAGACAGGAAAAUGAGAAGCGUCAGGUUUUGGUCCGGAACCAGAGAUUGGAAGCCGAAAAUCAGAAUUUGAAAGAACAGAAAAAACGACUUUACGAAGAAAAGAACCGAUUCUUAAUGGAGAAUCAAAACCUCAGAACAGAUGCAAAACGAAUGGCUAUUGGCAGUUUUGAAAAGUAUCCCAAGAGUAGAGAAUAUAGGAGUGGCGCUGUUAACUAUACCAAACGUUCAAAGUCUGUGGAAGUGGAGGCGUACGACGCACCAAGAAAUUCUCGCGGAGCAAGAAGAGGUAGUGUUAGGAGUACGUCUGUCACCACCAAUUCCAGAACCAAACCUCAGACAUCAACACCAUCAGGUAAUCGGAGAAUAAACGCUACAUCCACAGCCAGGCCAGUCCAAUCAGAUCGCAUGUUUAGAUCUUAUGGAGAAACGUCAAACGCAACAGUUAAGCCAAUAUCAGGACAGAAAUCCAUCAAAGAGCCAUCACCUCCAAAAGGAAGCAAGCCCAGUAAUAAUAAUAAUAAUCCACGUCGAAAAUCGGUUACAUUUAGAGGAUGAAAAAAAUAAAAACUUUUAUCGCUAAGGUCUGUAAUACCCGAUCUGAUAGUGGUUAGUGUCAAACUUUGCUAAUCAGCAGUUGAGAAUAGACAGUUUAAAAAAUGAUGAUUAAGUCUUUAGAAUUUGGCAGAUGAACAUUGUAUAGCAUGCCAUGUCUAUAUAAUAGUAAAAAACUAUAACACAUACUUAUAUGGAAGAAUUUUACUAAUUUAUUGAGCGAUGUGUCAAAGGGUAGGCCCUAUACUCUCUAUUUAUUCUAGUUGAAAACUUCGCUGAAAUGAAUUAGUAAUACACAGUUUAAAUAAUAAGGAUUAUAAGUCUUUAGAAUUUGGCAGUUGAACGUUGUAUAGCAUGCAAUAUAGUAUAAAACUAUAACCCAUACUUAAGGAAGAACUUUACUAAUCUAUUUAAGCGAUGUGUCAAAAAAAAAAUUAACCCUGUGUUUCUAUUUGAAAACUUUGCCAAAAUGAAUUAGUAAUACACAGUUUAAGUAAUAAGGAUUAAGUCUUAGAAUUUGGCAGUUGAACACUGUAUAUAGCAUGCCACGUAUAAUAAUUAAUAGUAAAAAGCUAUAACACACCUAUGGAAGAACUUUACUUAUCUAUUUGAGUGAUGUGUCGAAGACUAUUCUCUCUAUGUUUCUUUUUCAAAACUACACAGUUUAAAUAAUGAAGAUUAAGUCUUUAGAAUUUGGCAGUUGAACACUGUAUAGCAUGCCAUGUAUUAUUAUAUAAUAGUAAAAAAGCUAUAACACAUACCUAUGAAAGAACUUUACUAAUCUAUUUGAGUGAUGUGUCAAAGACUAUAUUCUCUAUGUUUCUUUUUCAAAACUUCACUGAAAUGAAUUAUUAAUAGUUUAAAUAAUUAAUAAGGAUUAAGUCUUUAGAAUUUGGCAGUUGAACAUUGUAUAGCAUGCAAUAUAGUAAAAAAAAACUAUAACACAUACUUGAAGAACAAUUACUGAUUUAUUUGAGCGACGUGUCAAAGAGUAGGUCCUAUUCUCUCCAUUUUUCUGUUUCAAAAGUUUGCUGAUUAGUAAUUAUUCUUCCGUAUGUAUGUAUUCAUGGUUUGUUGCUCUAUCCAUGGACUAACUGGCUUUAAAGGAUUAAAAUGAAUUAAGAGUAACCAAAAAGAUCAUAUUCUUUAAGUGGCUAACUCUUUAGCUUGCCACAGAUGAUAAAUAAUUUGUUUCGUUGAGUAUGUGCUUGUGUUGUUUUGAUUCACCACUUGUACAUGACAAGGACUAGGGUCGUCUGUCCAAUCUUGUGGUUUUCUCUGGGUCCUCCUGUUUCCUCCCACUGCUAAAGUAAAUAAAAGUAAAUGGAUUACUAAGAAUACAAUAUUAGAAGGGUUUAUAUUUUCUGAGAAUUCUAGGUUAGGAAAAAGAAAGGAAUGAAAAAUUUGUAGUCUGUAUGCAUACAAGAUCAGUUUUUCCCUAACUGUAUUGUUUUUUGUCCCCCGCCUUUCGAAGAAAGCAGGGGACUAUUAAAAUGGGUUCGUCCGUCUGUCUGUCCGUCUGUCUGUCUGUCCGUCACACUUUUUGGGACACAAUAACUCUCUUCCUAAUUGAGCUAGAAUGUUCAAACUUGGUGUAUGUGUUUAUUAGGUCAAUGCCUUGAUGGAGUUCGAAGAUGAGCAUUUUCCGCUUAGGGUAAGCAGAGAUAAGCAAUUUGAUUGGUUGAUGCUUUGGGACACGAUAACUCUCUUCCUAAUUGGGCUAGAAUGUUCAAACUUGGUGUAUGUGUUGAUUAGGUCAAUGCCUUGAUGGAGUUCGAAGAUGAGCAUUUUCCGCUUAGGGUAAGCAGAGAUAAGCAAUUUGAUUGGUUGAUGCUUUGGGACACGAUAACUUUUAAUUGAGCUAGAAUGUUCAAACUUGGUGUAUGUGUUUAUUAGGUCAAUGCCUUGAUGGAGUUCGAAGAUGAGCAUUUUCCGCUUAGGGUAAGCAGAGAUAAGCAAUUUGAUUGGUUGAUACUUUGAGGCACGAUAACUCUCUUCCUAAUUGAGCUAGAAUGUUCAAACGUGGUGUAUGUGUUGAUUAGGUCAAUGCCUUGAUGGAGUUCGAAGAUGAGCAUUUUCCGCUUAGGGUAAGCAGAGAUAAGCAAUUUGAUUGGUUGAUGCUUUGGGACACGAUAACUUUAGUUCUAAUUAAGUGAGAUUGAUGAAACUUGGUGUAUAGUUUCAUUACAGUAAUACCUUGACUAAGUUUGAUAAUGAGCAUUUUCUGCUCAGGGUAAGCAGAGCGAUACGCAAUUUGAUUGGUCGAGACUUUGGAAAACAAUAACUCUCCUACUUUGAUUGUUAGACUAUAAGUAAAGAUAUACUGUUUGAUUGUUCAAUACUUUGUAAAAGAUAAUUUGUGAUAAAUUUAUAUGUGUCCUCUAAUUAUUUUCCUAUUUCGGCGGGGGACAUCAGCCUCACUGUUGGCUUGUUCUUUUUUUAAAGAUAAUAUUUAUUUACAAUUUAUAUUAUGAAAGUAUGUAGAUAUUCAAAUCUGUGAUAUAUUUAUAUUGUAUUUAUCUAUAUUCUGACAUGUAUGUAAUUAAAACAUUCUAGAUUUCUAGAU